CGACCUACUCCCCCUCGCUUCGCAUCCCCCGCGGCAUUUAUUAGACAUGCCAACAGGCAGCGGAACCGAGCUUAGCUCCUGGCCAAACCGCAGAGCCAGGAUCAUUUGAGGUUUGCAAGCCGUGGCCAACGGUUGAUAUUGACGCGGCCAACAACGACUUGGCAAACAUCGAUUCCCUCAAAAUAUCACAAAAAGAGCGAAAAUAGAGGCAAACUAAUAUAUAUAUUAUAAAACGGCAUAAAGAUGGAUAGCACCGAAUUUCGAAAACGUGGCAUGGAAAUGGUCGAGUACAUUUGCAAUUAUCUGGAAACCUUGGGUGAACGGCGCGUUACGCCCAGCGUGGAGCCCGGAUAUUUAAGGCAUCUGUUACCAACUGAAGCGCCACAGGAGCCCGAGGAUUGGGAUCAAAUCAUGUCGGAUGUGGAGGAUAAGAUAAUGCCGGGCGUUACACACUGGCAGCAUCCACGAUUCCAUGCCUACUUUCCGGCGGGCAAUUCGUUUCCCUCCAUACUGGGCGACAUGCUGGGCGAUGGCAUUGGCUGCAUUGGCUUCUCGUGGGCAGCCAGUCCCGCCUGCACCGAGCUGGAGACCAUAGUGCUCGAUUGGCUGGGCAAGGCCAUUGGGCUGCCCGAUCACUUUCUGGCCCUCAAGGAGGGCAGCACCGGCGGCGGCGUUAUACAGACAUCCGCGUCGGAGUGUGUGCUGGUCACAAUGCUGGCGGCACGUGCUCAGGCACUGAAGCGCCUCAAGGCCCAGCAUCCGUUCGUCGAGGAGGGGCACCUGUUGUCCAAGCUGAUGGCCUACUGCUCCAAGGAGGCGCAUAGCUGUGUGGAAAAGGCAGCCAUGAUCUGCUUUGUUAAGCUGCGCAUUCUGGAGCCGGACGAGAACGCCAGCCUGCGCGGUCAGACAGUGGGCGAGGCCAUGGAGGAGGAUGAACUGCAGGGCCUGGUGCCGUUCUUUGUGUCCACCACACUGGGCACCACCGGUUCCUGUGCUUUCGACAAUUUGCCCGAAAUUGGCAACGAGCUGAAAAAGUUUCCCGGCGUUUGGCUGCACGUCGAUGCGGCCUAUGCGGGCAACAGUUUCAUAUGCCCCGAGCUGAAGCCGCUGCUAAAGGGCAUCGAAUACGCUGACUCAUUCAACACGAACCCCAACAAAUGGCUACUGACCAAUUUCGACUGCUCCACACUUUGGGUGCGCGAUCGCAUCCGUCUGACAUCAGCUCUGGUCGUCGAUCCGCUGUAUCUCAAGCACGGCUACUCGGAUGCGGCCAUCGACUAUCGUCAUUGGGGAGUUCCACUCAGCCGUCGCUUUCGUUCACUGAAACUGUGGUAUGUACCAAAAAAAAAAAAAAAAAAAGAGACCGACCCGAGGCGCAAAUUUUUCGUUUCUUUCAUGAGCAACCGCACGUCACAUCACGUAAUAAGGCGUUCACAUUGCGUAUACGCAAUGUCAUUUCAAGCUAAAAAUCUGUCUGAUAUUUAUUCUUUUGUUUACUGCGUAACAAUGGCGAUUAGACCUAUUGAAACGAGUCUCGAUUCAACUGUUCCAUUGCAGCUGGGCUUGGUGUGCUUUCGCCUCAAGGGCACCGACAAGCUGAACGAGAAACUGCUGAGCGCCAUCAAUGAGUCGGGCAAAUUGCAUAUGGUUCCGGCCAGCGUCAACGAGCGUUAUAUCAUACGCUUCUGUGCGGUGGCACAGAAUGCCACCGCCGAGGACAUUGACUAUGCCUGGGACACCAUCGUGGACUUCGCCAACGAGCUGCUGGAGAAGGAACAGCACGACGAGAUCACCGAGAUCAUCAAUCGCAAGAAACAGGAUACGCUCGCCCAGAAGCGUUCGUUCUUUGUGCGCAUGGUCAGUGAUCCGAAGAUCUAUAAUCCGGCUAUCAAUAAAGCGGGCACACCGAAACUCUCCAUGGAGCUGCCCUCGCCGGUGAUCAGUCGCGGCAGUGCACCCAUCAUACGCACUCAGAGCUCGGUGGAUCACAACUCGUGGAUCUCGUGGCCGCUCGCCUUUCUCUUCAACAGCAACAACGAGGAAAAGGGCAACAAUUGCUCACUGCGCUUUAGGCAUUUGGACACCAAUGUGCGGCCGACUUCAUCGCGUCGUAAUUCGGGCGCUGGCUCUUCGCCCUCGCCGGAGAAUGAGACGGGCUUUGUGAAUCAACAGCAACAACAACAGCAGAUGCAAUCGCCACGUAAAUCGCCCAUGGUUCUCCGUAAGGCUUCCUCCGCCCGAGAAAAUCACAAUUGAAGCACUUAAAAUGAAUACCAAUGACAAAAAAAUAAUAAUAAUAUAGACGAAACACUAAUCCAAAAACUAUUUAAUGCACGCGUAAUCGAACGCCUAGUUGAAUUCUAGACCAAUUUACAAUUUACCAAACAUUCCUUAUAAAUAUCCAGCUCAAAUAUAUAUGCAUAUAUAUUUAUUUAAUAUCAAAAUACUAACUAACCUAGUAAACUCAAAAAUUUUG